GGGUGAGGGGCGGCGGGCCCGGGGCGGGCGGACGAGGCUCUGGUGCCGCGCGUUGCGGCUGGGAGCGGGUGGUGAUGCGGCCGCGUCAGGAGGGCGCGGGGAGCCGGCCCCAGCGGGCCCAGGCGGCGGGAUGGGGGAAAGCCGCCGCGGAGGAGGAGGAAGAGGCGGUGAGGGGGCGGCCGCUGCGCCGAAGCGUGCCGGCGGUCGUGGAGCAGCCCCUUGGGAGACUGAAGGCGGUGGAGAGCGACAGCUCCGGCGACAGCAGCGACGACAGUGAUGACAGCGGGGGUCCCCCGGGGGCCGAGGGCAGCGGCGCGGAGGGGGCGGCUGGCGGGAGAGAUCAGUCUCACAUGUCUUUUGAGGAACUACUGCGGGUGCAGAGUGAUACGAGAGUGUGCAAGCAGGUGACCAGUGGGAAGAAAACUGCAAAACCUACCAAAGCUACAGUGAAGCAGCAGCAAGGCAAGAAAGGGCCAUUGGAAAUGUCUGCCAAGAAGCCUGUACCUUUUCUGCGACAAGUGGUCUCUGUUACAAAGAAGGUUCACAGAGACCCUCGAUUUGAUGACCUGUCUGGAGAGUAUAAGCCUGAAAUAUUUAUGAAGACCUACAGCUUCCUGGACAGCAUCAAGAAGCAGGAGAAGGAGAUGAUUCAGAAGCAGCUGAAAAAAUGCCGGAACAUGGAGCAGAAGGAGAAACUCCAGCAGCUUCUGAACCGCAUGACACAGCAAGAACAGGCACAGAAAAAACAGCAGAAAUUGAGGGAGAGGGAGCUGUCUUUGAAGAGACAACGGAGGGAAUUGGCCAAGCAAGGAAAGAAACCCUUCUUCUUAAAGAAAUCCGAGAAGCGGAAAUUGGAGCUAGCAGAGAAGUAUGCAGAGCUGAAGAGGAGUGGAAAGCUGGAGAGCUUCCUGAACAAGAAGAGGAAGAGGAAUGCCAUCAAAGACAAGCACCGUCUGCCCUCACAGAAGAACUUGUGACUGCUGGACAGACAUACUGUUGUCUAGCACUGGGAUUCACUCUGCCCUGGCCAGGCCUGGAAGAUGGCCGUCCCUCUUCCCCAGUAUCUGCCCGUCACUGUACAGUGAUGCUGUUAGGCAGCAGAGCAGAGGCUGAACUGAAGGAAAUAGUGCUUUUUGUAGCUGAUAUGUCUUCUUUACUUGUUAUUUACACCAUGACUGGGUGGUGACAAGUCUGUCAUGCAGAUGUACGUGGUGUUGACAGCUGUCUCUGUCCUUGCCUCUGCUAAUCUCUUCCUCUAGCCAGGAGAGCAUGAGCCCUACCCCACACUGCUGGCUCUGCUCCAGGUCUUAUCAAACACCAGCUCAGGUGGGAGGUAGAGUGCCUGUGCAGAGCAGGGCUAGCACUGACUUCAGACCAGGUUGCCCAGGGCUUCUUCAGUUGCAUUUGGGAAUGUCCAAGGACAGAUGCUACCAUCUCUCUUGCCCUCUGCUGCUUCAAGUUCUCAACAUGGAACUUUUUUUUUCCUCCAGGUUUUAGUCCUGCCUGGUUUUAGUCCAUAAUCAUUGUCUUGUUCUCAGUGAAGUGCCUGGCUCUGUCUUCUCAGUAGCCUUGUCAUAGGUCAGGGGAAUGGGUGGGAAGGGGUGCUGUUAGGUCUUUCCAAAGCCUUCUGUUUCUGAGGGUGCAUAAACCCUGUUCCCUCAGCCUUUCCUUGUGGUGCUUCAGCCUCUGAUGACUUUCACAUACUCAACUGGAGUCAGCCCAGAGGACCACCAUGUCUCUUCUGGGGGUCCAGCCUGGAUGCAGUAUCUGGAUGUAGUCUCAAAGUGCUGAGUAAAGGAGAGAGGUUCACACCCCUCUGUGUGGGCUGCACCCUGGUGAUGCAGCCCCCCUUCCUCGCAGCCAGGGUAUGCUGCUGGCUGUGCUCAGGUACUGCUGCCUCUCUUCUCGGCUUCUCAAGGUGGUGUCUACAGGUACUUCUAGGAAACUGAUUCUGUAUGAAAUAAAAUACCUGUUUUCCUUUA